AUGGCGGGCGCCAAGACUGCCAGCGACAGGUCUACAGUGCGAGUAGAAGAGGAUCACAUGGGCGAGGAGCUGGCGUGCGGGGUGCUGGCCGGGCUCGCCAGCUACGCGGAUCCCGCUCAACUCAAAUUCCAGGGUGGGUCCCGCCUCUCCCCGGGAGCGGGCCUGGCCCCCAUUCGCGCCAGUCAUGACUCCGUGGUCCUGGCGCCGGGCGUUCCGGAGGGCACGGACGUCAUCAGCUACGCCACGCCCAAGGGCGAGGACGGGGCGGAGCUGGGCCAGAGCCCCUGCUCCAGCGCGGACCCGCCCGCCCCGCCCGCCCUUCGCGUGCUGGUCGCCAAGACGCUGACCAACUCGGACGCGGGAUCCGGGCGCAUCAUCCUGCCGCGCGUGGCGGUGGAGACGCACCUGGCCUUCGUCACGCCGCACCGCCACUACGCGCUGCGCGUGCGCUGCGCGCGCACUGGCGCGCAGCACGCCUUCGUGGUCAAGUCCUGGGCCAACGGCUCGGAGCACCGCCGCGUGUUCGUGCUGGAGGCCGCGGGCGAGUACCUGCGCACGCUGGGCCUGGGCGUGGGUGACACCGUCGGCAUCUGCGCCGCACCCGACGGCGGCCUGACGCUGACUGUGUACGACCUGGCCUCGGGGCGCGUGGUGCUGGCCCCCGGCGACGUGGCGGCCACCGUGCCCGAGGCCCCCCGCGCCGGCCGCCUGACGCUGGCGGCGCUGGACGAGGAGGAGGUCUGGCGCUUCUUCGCCCUCCGCGGCUGGACCAGCGUGGCGGGGCGGCGCGGGUACGUGCUGGAGGGCUCCGAGGCGGCCGCGUCUGGUAGGCGCGACGAGGACGAGGACUCGGACUAUGUGCCCACCACCAAACGCGCCCGCGCCACGUCCGGCAGCGGCUACGUCCCGCGCCGCAGCCAGGACCCGCUGCUCUCCCUCCUCUCCCUCCUGGACUGA